AAAAAGAAUAAAUAAUUUUCACCUAUGUUAAAUGUGUGCCAUAUUCCCUUUCUGGAUUGUUUGCUGUCAAUAUUAAAUUUAGUUUUGUACGCAUAACCACUAGGAGGAAGAAAAGCUAGCCCUAUAUCUUUAAUUUAUUUCAGCCAGUUCACUAACAAAAUAAUUAACUAUAUAUAGUUAAAAGUUGAAUUUUACUAUUUUAAAAUAACAUUGAUGUUCAUACACCACAUAAUAUUUUAUGUUGUGUAAUAGUUUAAAAGCAAGGUUUUCCUGAGUGCAGUUAAGUUUAAAAUAGUUCCCCACCUUUCUUAGUCAUAAUCAGUCAAAAGGAAUAGUAAAAUGUGUCAUUUUACAUUUACAAUAUUGUAUAAGUGAGGAAAAGAUACAGAAAUAGAAAAUUUCCAAGAUCGAUUAAAAUAAACAUUAUAGGAGUUACUAUGACAAUAUUUUGACUUAUUUUCAAAUUAUAAAUAAAAUUUGAGACAAUCCUUAGGUAAAGGUAAAAUUCCAGCCUACUCUCUAAUGUGGAGUUUAUUUAUUUCUCUUAGAGGAAUGUAUGAGGAAGUAAUGUGAAGUUUAAAUAACAAAUCAGAAACUUACUAUUUAAGCUCUCUGAAAAGGAAAGUAAAAGGAGAAAAAAGAAAAAAACUAUUCCAAAAACCAAAGGUAAUAUAAAUUGCCAAAUUAAGAUUAAGAAGCUUUUUUCACAUCUAUCCUGUGGUGAAUAAAGAAGGUAAAUAUACUUUUAAUGCCUUCUAUUUAGAUAUAUAAAUUUAAAAAGAGACUUCUGGAACACCAGCGAUUAUACUUAUUUCCAGUUAGUUGUUCAGUUCUAUUAGAUUGACAACUCAUUAGGCAAAUGACAGCCUGCAAAUUCAAUCCACAGAAUAGCAUACUGAAAGUCUAUACAUGUAGAAUUACUAUAUAAAAGGGAGUAUCACUGCUUUUCAUAACUUUUAGAAAGUUAGUUGCAUUUAUUAUUCACCUUUAAAUUGAAAAUUGAAAUUUGAUGGUGAUGGCAACUGUAGUGUGGGUCCACACACAAAAACAAUUUGAGAAUAAUUGCUGGCUAUGGAGAAGAAGGCUGGGAAAAGCUGAGAGCCAACCCAUCCUGUGAACAAGGAGGGUUGUCUGUGUCUCCUCAUCAAGGUGGCAGUCACCAGGACCAGGUCCAGCCUCCUACCCCACAGACAGCAAUGGCCCCUGCAAAUGAAGGUGAGCUUUAGAGAUGAAUCUAUGGAUAAUAACACAUUGGAGGUUUCCUGUUAAACUAGCACUCUAAGAACAUCUUAAAUACAACCUUGAAAAGUAGAAAAUGAUGUGUUCAUGUUUUUAUUUUUCAUCAAUAGAGAUACAUGAAUUCAAGUGACAGAAUACUUCAAUCAUUAAAAUUCAUAUUGGUUUAUUAAUUUUGUUAUAUUUUGGAUGUUGGUAUUAAUAAGCCAAACAAGAUCCUUUAUAAGUUUUCUAUUUCCCCUUUUUUAAAGCUCUAUAUUGGGUUCUUAAAUUACAUCCUCAUAUCCUACAAAUACUUCCUGUUUUCUGAUGAAUACCAUGUUUGAGUUAUAUUAGACUGGAAGCAAAUUAGAAUCUUUUUGUAAUUUUGACUUCCCUGCUGUUUGCAUGAUGAGACAAAGGGAGGUCAUAAUCACCCCAGGAGCUUUCUGAAAGCACAACCUCCUUUCCUGGCCCUACACUCACUUCCCAGUCACCGGAAAGGCAGAUCAGCCUCUGAAGCUCCAAAUUCUCUUGGUCUCAGAGAUCCCUUUUUAAACACUGGCACAAUCGCCACCUUCCUGAGAUGAGCGUGACUAUUUCUGGCCUCCAGUCGGUCGCUCUCAUCCCAGUUUGUGAUCUGAGACCCAUUGUGUCCGAAGAAUACCCGAGGUAACGGAGACAGAGGAGGUCAGACUCCAUGGGGGGUUGGCUGAACAGUGCCAAGCUGGGUCCUUCACGUCACUAGGUGCCAUUUUCACCGGGCCUGUUAUUGCCUGCUAUUCAUUCUGUUAGCAGACUUCGAAAUCAGGCAGGACAUUAAAGCUCGGUAGAAGCACCUGGGAGCGCGCCCAUCCCACGAAGUUGGACUCAGGUUGAUUAACGUGGGAACCUCUGAGGACUGGAGUCCAGAGCAGUGGUUCUCCAUCCUGGCUGCUAGUUAGGAUUAGUUCCCCGGCCGCCCCUCGUCCCCACGACCAAUUAAAUCGGAACAUCCGGAGAGGCAUGUAAAGUCUCCCAGGGAGAUUCCCGAAUGAAAGCCAGGGACUCGGACGCGCGUUCUUGCCCCGCCCGCGGCGGCCUGCGCAUCUCCCUCGGGGGGAACUGAAUGAAGGCCCCGGGCCUCCCGCCGCGCUAUCCCAGUGUGACCCUGGGACAGCUCACAAACACGCAGGGGGCGCGGCGGAGCGGAGGGCCCGGCCGCUCUCGGCCUGGGCGAGGGGAGCCAUUGCCCCGCCCGGCCGUCGCCGCAAUCGCCGGACUCUCCGCCGCGCGCGCCCCCUGGCGGACCCGCGAAGGUGAGGGGAAGCGUGUGUCCUUUGGCGGCCCUCCACGACAAGCCCAGUUAACAAGACUUCCAGAAGAGCUGUCUAAUAUGACUCAACUUAAAGAACUUGAUAUCUCAAAUAAUGCAAUCAGAGAGAUUCCAAGAAAUAUAGGGGAAUUGAGAAAUUUGGUUAGUUUACAUGCACACAAUAAUCAAAUAAGUUAUCUUCCACCAUCUUUUCUAUCUUUAAAUGAUCUCCGGCAACUAAACCUGAGUGGAAAUAAUCUGACAGCUCUGCCUAGUGCUAUCUACAGUCUUUCUUCACUGAAGGAGAUACAUUUUGAUGACAACCCUUUGCAGAGACCUCCAAUGGAAGUCUGUAAAGGAAAACAGAUGUAUACUAUUAUACGCUAUCUACAGAGGGCAGAUGAAAGAGAUGAGAAAAUCUUAGAGAAGAUAUUCAAGAUAAUUGCCAACAACAUCACUGAAACGAAUUUCGAAUUUUUGUGCAAAAAACUGAACUUGAAAAACUCAGAAAGUGAUACAGCUACAAAGGGCACUGUUUCAUUAAGUCAGAGAGCCCACGAAGCACUUGUUACGUGGAAAAACGGAAGUAACAACUUGUCAUUAACUGCUGCUGCUUUGCAAGACCAACUAAUGCGGGCACUAACCAUGAUAGGAGCAUACGACAUUAUGGACAAAAUAACAGCUUUACAUCUUUUUACACGUACAAUUAAAUUCUAACCAGUGGAUCAAUAAAAACUGAAAAUUUAAAUGAUGCACUUAAA